CGCGGCGCGGGCAGCUCGUGAGAAACACCUGGAGGAGAGGCGAACGCAGCUCGCGGACUCGCGGAACUCUGUAUUUUCCUCCGGUUCGUUUCUGGCACCAUGUGGGCGCGAGCUGUGCUGUGCGCGGCGCUGCUGUCCGCGCUCUGCCCGGCGGGAACGACGGAAGCCGAGCGGGACGAGCGAGCGGUCCAGGACUACCGGUACAACUCCAACAGACUGCUCGGCGCCCUGCACGAAGUGCUGGAGAAACUGCAGACCAAGAGGAUUAAUCCCUGGGAGAAGAAAUAUGGACAGGUCCCCUCUUGCGACCUGGGGGAACACUGCGCCGUCAGGAAAGGAUCCCGCAUCGGAAAGAUGUGCGACUGCCCCCGAGGAGCUUUCUGUAACUUCUUCCUGCUGAAGUGCUUAUGAGCCAAUCACAUGAACACUGCAAGAGUAUAUUUUAAAAUGUAUAUUUUACCAAAUCUCUAUGUACAUGAGAAUCUGAAGUAUGUAAAGUAGCCUCUAGAGUGGAAUAAAUCCUUCGUGUCUUGAUGUGAAGACAAUCUCUCCGUCCACUUGUGUGUUGCAUUAAAGGUGUUUUAUCUUG